GUACCAAAAUUAUAUAACGAAUAUCAAAGCAGGAACCUUCCGAAAUCUUUCCAGUUUAGCAACUCUACAGUUGUAUUACAAUGAUAUCAAGGAAUUAGAAGCGGGAUCGUUUCAAAAUCUUCCCAGUUUAGAGAAUCUAUAUUUGGAUGAAAAUAAUAUCGAGAAGAUUCAAGUAGGAUCCUUCUUUAAUCUGACCAGCUUAGAAGUGAUAGACUUCCAUAGAAAUAAGAUCACUGAAUUAGAAGUUGGAUCCUUUGAAAAUCUUCCCAGUUUAAAGACUCUGAAGUUGUACGAUAAUAAAAUUAAGAGUAUCAAAGUAGGAACCUUCCGAAAUCUUUCCAGUUUAGCAACUCUAAUGUUACAUGAAAAUGAUAUCAAGGAAUUUGAAGUUGGAUCUUUUCAAGAUCUUCCCAGUUUAAAAAUUCUAGACUUGUAUAGUAAUAAGAUCACUGAAUUAGAAGUUGGAUCCUUUGAAAAUCUUCCCAGUUUAAAGACUCUGAAGUUGUACGAUAAUAAAAUUAAGAAUAUCAAAGUAGGAACCUUCCGAAAUCUUUCCAGUUUAACAAGUCUACAUUUGUAUCAAAAUCAAAUCACUGAAUUAGCAGUUGGAUCUUUUCAAAAUCUUCCCAGUUUAGAGAAUCUGUAUUUGGUGUAUAAUGCGAUCUCAGAAAUCAAAGCAGGAACCUUCCGAAAUCUUCCCACUUUAACCUAUCUGCAUUUGGGUAAUAAUAAUCUCCAGGAAAUCCAAGCAGAAACAUUCCGGAAUCUUUCCAGUUUAACAAAACUGAAUUUGGCUGGUAAUAAUCUCAAAGGAAUCCCAGUAGAAACAUUCCGAAAUCUUUCCAGUUUAACAGAACUAUAUUUGGACAAUAAUGAUAUCGAAAAUAUUGAUGUAAGGGUCUUCCAAGACCUGACCAGUUUGAAGAAACUAUUUAUGAGAUAUAAUAACCUAAAGGAAAUCAAAGUCGGCAUCUUCCAGAAUCUGUCCGUUUUAUCAACUCUAUACUUGAGUUAUAAUGAUAUCAAAGAAAUCAAAAUAGGCACCUUCGAAAAUCUGUCCAGUUUAAGAUAUCUAUACUUGAGUUAUAACGAUAUCAAAGAAAUCAAAACAGGCACCUUUGGAAAUCUGUCCCGUUUAGAAUAUAUAUAUUUGAAUGGAAAUGAUAUCGAGAAAUUUCAAGUAGGAUCCUUCAGUGACCUUCCCAGUUUAGGAUAUCUGAAUUUGGAACGUAACAAUCUCAAGGAAAUCAGAGCAGAAACAUUCGAAAAUAUUUCCAGUUUAACAAAAAUAUAUUUGAAUAGAAAUAAAAUCGACAAAAUUCAAGUUGGAACAUUCGAUUAUCUGCCCAAGUUAACAUAUCUGAAUUUGGGUGAUAAUCAUCUCCAAGAAAUCAAAAUAGAAACAUUCCGAAACCUUUCCAGUUUAACAAAGCUAUACUUGAGUUCUAAUUCCCUGAAGGAAAUCAAACCAGGCACUUUCCGAACUCUCCCCAGUUUACAAUAUCUAUACGUAAUUUCCAACGAGAUCAAAGAAAUUCAACCAGACACCUUCGGAACUCUGCCCAGUUUAAAAUACCUAUUCUUGAAUUCUAACAAUAUAACGGAAAUCAAGGCCAGCACCUUCCAAAAUCUAUCCAGUUUAACAAAUCUUAAUAUACAAAAUAAUGAUAUCGAAAAAAUUGAAGAAGCAGCCUUCCAUGACCUGACCAGUUUGCAAACACUAGAUUUAAGUUCUAAUAAUUACAAGGAGAUCAAAACAGACACCUUCAAGAAACUGUCCAGCUUAAAACAUCUAGUUUUGCGUCAUAAUAACAUUGAGGAAAUCAAAGAAAAUACCUUCCGAAAUCUAUCCAGUUUACAAAAUCUAUAUUUGCAAAAUAAUAAUAUCGAAAAAAUUGAGGUAACAGCCUUGCAUGACCUGACCAGUUUGCGGAUACUAUACCUGAGUGAUAAUAAUAUAACAGAAAUCAAAGAAAACACCUUCCGAAAUUUGUCCAGUUUAACAAAUCUAUAUUUGCAAAAUAAUGAUAUCGAAAAAAUUCAAGAAACAGCCUUCCAUGAUCUGACCAGCUUGAAAACACUGUAAGUUGGAUAAAGCUUCUUGAUAAUAUUUCACAGAUAUCCUUCUAAAUCUUUAAAAU